AUGUACCAUAUCGAGCAGGACGUGUUGACGUACGUGGCGCGUCUGACCCACAAAGGAGCCCAUGGUGAGCCACAAGGUCCGUGCGGGUGCGAGCAGGUAGCUUGCUGCGUCCUGGUAUCUAAGAGCUCCUCGAAUUCCAGCGUCCCGAUACGUGUCCCAGCCAGCGUCAAUGAACACGGCGACCACGCCAGCAGCGCUCCGUGUAUUCGGACGUCCGGGGCGUCAAGUACGACGGGGGGUGGCUAA